AUGUAUUGGCGGUACAUCUCUGUUAACACCUUAGUGGGCAGCACAGCCCAAAUAAAAAUUAAUGUGGAAAGCGACAUUGUCAAGGCCGCAGCGCCGGCGCCUGCGUGCUUGCGGUCCCUACUCUGCAUGUUCUACGCAUUUGACCUACGUAACACACUAGAGCAGAACUACAAGCAACCAGGAAGGCGUCUUCACACUUCAUCUUACAUUGAGUUCACGCCCAGCUUAAUCACUGCACGCCCUAACCCAAUUACUCCUGGCUCCUUCCUUCUGUUUUCCACAGACUAUAAAUGCUAA